AGUUAACAUGCGUCCUUUCACCGCAGUGUUCAUUGGAGCCGCCCUCGUUGGGUUGGCCGCUGCCGAAGGUGAACUCGGAUACGGCGGAGGCUAUGGAGGAGGCUACGGAGGCUAUGGAGGAGGUUCCUACGGAGGAUACGGACACGCCGGUCUCGCCUACGGUCAUCACGCACCGACCACCAACGUCGUCGUGAACAAGGUUGCCCGACCCGUCCCGGUCGCUCACCCCGUUCCCCAACCCUACGUGGUGCCCGUUCCCCGAGCUGUGCCCGUCUACAAGAGCGUCCCAGUGCCGAAACCCGUCCCUGUGCCCCAGAUCGUGGAGCAAUACGUUCCCGUCCACAAGGAAAUUCCCGUCCCCAAGGAGGUCCCUGUCCCCUACACCGUUGAAGUGAAGAAGCCCUACCCCGUCCACCACGAGGUUAAGGUUCCCAGGCCGUACAUUGUCCACGUGCCCAAGCCCUACAUCGUCGAGAAACCCUACCACGUUCAGGUUCCCGUCAAGAUCGCCCAGCCCUACGCCGUCCCUGUCCACCGACCCUACGCCGUGCCAGUGAAGAAGGCCUACCCCGUCGACGUUCCCGUCGUUAAGGAGGUUCCUGUCGCCAUCCACAAGCCCGUCGCCGUUCCCGUCCACGGCCACUCCGCCUACGCCAACAUCGGAUACGGUCAGGCUUACGGUCACGGUUACGGUCACGGCUACAAAGCCUAGAUGUACAUAGGAAUCCUUCUGGACAAGACUACGCGGGAGACUUAGGUAAAUUCAGGAGAACAAACAACCUUAAGCUCUCAGAAACAAAGACCGAAUCUGAGCAGCAACUGCAACAUCAUCACCAGCGCGGAACAUGUGUAAAUUUGUAAAGAAGUUCAAGUAAAAAUUCCACAACGGCUAUUUUCAGAAUGUAACACUCAAACA